CUUAACUUUCGUAUUCAUAAAGAACCUUAGGUUAAUACUUAGGUAAGAUUUCAACUUAAAAACUAAGGCAAAAUUAUCCGAUUUCGUCUGUGCGACGAUUCGUACUAUUUUAGUAACCGCUUCACCGAAUCUAUAAUUAGGUCGCAAAAUGGCAGACAAUUGUUUAGCGGAAUACGUUGUAAUCAAAUUGAACGGGUUUUACUAGUGUUAAUGGUGGGUAAUUGAUACAAAAAGGAUAUAUAUGUGAGGUUUACGGAUUCGGUAUGUAUCGAAACAGUUGCCACAUUAUUUCUGUAUCGAUAACAUACUUUUCUCGUCGACCUUGUUUUCAACAACAAUAAGCAUGUACACAAUUGGAAAAACCCGGAAGUAAACGCAGACGAUAAUCAUGGCUGAGAUGGCAAAGCAGAGAUCGCCUAAUUUUUCUAUGCAAGCAAACUCUCUCCUUUCUCAGCUUAUGGGCGAGGAAUAUAAAGACACGGGCCUUUCGCGUCACAAGUACAAUAUCCAUAGGUUUACCAGCAAGAUUUCCAGGGUAACCAAGAAUGAGAUGUGGGCUGAAAUUGCAGAAAUGUUCUCUGCAAAUACCACUGGUCCACAUCGCACAGCAGACCAGCUUGAAAAAAAAUGGGAAAACAAUGUCUCCAAGCACAGGGGGAUAUAUAAUGAUCACCAGCGCCUGCUAAGUUUGACUGGAAGUGCUCCCUUCCAGUCAAAAUAUGAUAUUAUAACUGAGUCCGUCAUGGCAGUUGUUGGAAAGGAGAGUGCGGCUGUGCAAGGCGUUGCCCCAUUCACCCUGGAUAGAACCUUUAUCCAGUUGACAGACACAAGUCAAGCAACAACAGUUGAACCACCAUCACCUGCACCGCCACAACAAUGUGACAACAGAGCUGUGAAAAGAAGACUCGAUACAAAUGGGGAACAUGCUGUUUCUGCAGUCAAACCAGCUACCACAUGUUGCAGUCAUUGUAGUCUGAACGAACUGAAUGUUCUGAAGAAGAGAAAGAUGGAACUACAAAUUAGACUGUACAAGGCCCAGUUGGCGCGACUUGGCGAAGAAUAAAGCAAAUAAUAUAAUUAUAUUAUGUGUAUUUUAUCAAAAAUUACAUUAUUAUUUUGUUAUGAAGAUAAAGUAUAGUUAUAUUUAAGGU